AUGCGUAACCGCGCUUCUGCAACUUCCUGACUGGUUUUGACGCAGGCCUCACCCAUAGCUGACUUCUUGUUUUCAUUUGAUACAGUUGUUCUAUUCAGCUGGAUAGAUUGGUGACGGGACACUUUUGUCCACAGUCUACUGACACUUUACUGAGGAACAGAAGGAUUUUUGCAGACAUUUGGUGGAAGUCGUGGUACAACUGCUAUAAAGCAUGGCCGACGGUAGAGAUGAUCGCACUAAAACCGAGAGAGGACUGACCAUACAGCCGACUUUUUUGAAUGAUCCCAAACUCAUCAACCUUAAAGAGGUUUUUGUGGAGUGGAUCAAUAGUACUCUUAAAGUGGAACACAUUGUGGUGAGAUCAUUGGAGGAAGACCUGUAUGAUGGGCUUGUCCUUUAUCACCUGUUACGUAGGUUUACAGACAUUCAGUUACCGGUGGAGGAGAUUGCGCUGACUGCCGAAGCCCAGAUUCGAAAACUAGAGGCGAUCCUGACGGCUCUGAAUGAGGUCUUCGAGAUUAACAAGGAAGCUGCCAAAUGGAGCGUUAAACUCAUUCACAGCAGAGACCUGUUGGCUACGUUACAUCUUCUGGUUGCCAUGGUGAGACGUUUUCAGCCUGACCUCGCUCUGCCAGUUGUCAGCGUUGAGGUUAUCCAACGUGAGGUUACAAAAGGUGGCUUCAAAUCGGACAAGCAGAUUGAACACAUCACUUCUCAGAGUGAUUCCAAAGACGAUCGAGGGGGAUCUAACAAGGAUUGCCCCAUCGAUGAGCUCUUCAAACUGGAUGCGCACAAAAUUGAGACAGUGAAAAAGGCAAUAAUACAUUUUGUUAAUAAGAACAUAUCACCACUGGGAUUGACUGUGACUGAUCUUGAAAAACAGUUUUCAGAUGGAGUAAUUCUACUGCUGUUGAUUGGUCAGUUGGAAGGCUUCUUCAUCCCGCUGUAUGAUUUCCACCUCAGUCCCACCAGUUCUGCAGAAAUGGUUCAAAACGUGACGCUUGCGUUGGAUUUGCUGAUUGACAGACAGAUUCCUGUGGAGUCAGUUAAUCCUCAGGAUAUUGUUUCCCAAGACGUCCCAGCAACGGUGAAAGUGUUGUACUACUUAUUCCGGAAACACAAAAACAAAUAAAAAAAUCUCCUUCUCUGUCAGUUCAAUACAGUUUCCAAAGUUUCUGGUAAUGGAAAUAGCGUAAAUCUGAGAUUGACAGAUCCUUUAGCUCUGAGGACAUUAAUGUCAAGACUCUGUUUCUCUCUAAACUCUGCUUAAAUGGUUCCCAGAUUACAGGCACUCGUAUUAUCAUAAAAAUUGCUUUAAAAAUUUAAUGUCACCUUUCCACUCAUUCAUUUUUUAUUGGACCAAUGUGCACUAGUCUAAAUUUAUCACUCAACAAUAUUUUUCGCUGACUUGCAGCUUGUUUAGAAAUAAAAGUGGCACAUCAUAUAGCUCUGGCAAAUGUGCACUGAAGUCCUUUCAUCAAAAUUUGAACAAAUGCCAGUGACAAAAUUGCAAGACUCGUAAGCCGAAGACCUCUGGCUCAUUUUGAAGUCAAGAGUAAAGGGCAUCUUUCUCUCCGAACACAUCUUC